UCUUCUUCGGUUCCGACUACCCUCCCGACUGCCUAUGAUGUUUAUCCUUUGGAUGGUCGCCAUGAUGGUGGUUAUUAUACCGUCAAGGACUGUGUGACUAUUGACGUCCUUCCCCGUACGCCGGGCAAUAAUGUUUAUGUUGGUUUCAUGGUUUGGUCUAACUUUACCGCUACUAAAUGCCGCGGAUUGGUUUCGCUGAAUCAGGUUAUUAAAGAGAUUAUUUGUCUCCAGCCACUUAAGUGA